GGCAGGGAACACAGUGUGGAAUAUCCUGAGUGACAGAUGGUGGGGACAGUGUGGGGAUGAGACACAGCAUCGGGAGACCCACCAAGAGAUCUGAGAGCUGGGACAGGGAGGGUGGUGGAGACAGACAGUGGAAGGAAGAUAAUCAGGAAGGAGGUGUGGGCCGGGAGAUUGACAGGACAGUACAGAGGGACACACAGACACCCGGGCUCACAAGGAGGCAGGAGUCCGGCAGAGGACGGCAGAGAAAUCCUCUGGCUCCGACAGGCAGAGGGAGACUGAGGCAGAUCCUUCAGAUAGGUUUUGUACCUUGGCUCUGUGGGGUGAGGAUCUGAGAGGUGCAGCAGGACUUGGUGAGCCUAGUAAGGGGGUGCUCGCUCAGGGGCCAGCUGACGCCAGGGACUCUGAAAUGGAGCUCAGGGAGCCCAAGAACCCUGAGGAUGGGGACCCAGAGGAGGACACAGCUACGGCCCUCCAACGGCUUGUGGAGCUGACAGCCACCAGGGUGACCCCAGUGAGGAAUCUGCGUGUCCAGUACCGCCUCAUCCGAAAGCUCGGCUCUGGCUCCUAUGGCCGCGUACUCCUUGCCCGGCCUCGCCAAGGAGGUUCUGCUGUGGCUCUGAAGCUCCUGCGUCGGGACUCGGUCCUGAGAAGUACCUUCCUGAGAGAGUUCUGUGUGGGCCGCUGUGUCUCAUCACACCCAGGUUUACUCCAGACCCUGGCAGGACCCUUGCAGACCCCCCGACACUUCGCUUUCGCCCAGGAGUACGCACCAUAUGGGGACCUCAGCGGGAUGCUGCAAGAACAGGGCCUCCCAGAGCUUCUGGUGAAGCGGGUGAUGGCCCAGCUGGCUGGAGCCCUGGACUUUCUCCACAGCCGGGGGCUGGUCCAUGCAGAUGUCAAGCCAGACAACGUGCUGGUCUUUGACCCCGUCUGCAGCCGUGUGGCCCUAGGUGACCUGGGUCUGACCCGGCCCGAGGGGAGUGCAACCCCUGCACCACCAGGGCCACUGCCCUCUGCCCCCCCAGAGCUCUGCCUCCUGCUGCCACCUGAUACCCUGCCCCUGCGACCAGCUAUGGACUCCUGGGGCCUGGGGGUGCUUCUCUUCUGCACUGCCACUGCCUGUUUCCCUUGGGAUGUAGCACUGGCCCCUGACCCUGAAUUUGAGGCCUUUGCUGGCUGGAUGACCACCAGACCCCAACCACCGCGACCACCCCCACCUUGGGACCAGUUUGCACCCCCAGCCCUGGCAUUGCUCCAGGGGCUUCUAGACCUGGAUCCUGAGACUAGGAGCCCCCCACUGGCUGUCCUGGACUUCUUGGGGGAUGACUGGGGUUUAGAGAGGAACAGAGAGGGAUCUGGGGGUUGGGGGGUUACAUCUAGUGAAGAUGGGGAGGAGGAGGAAGACCAGGAAGCAAGCCUAGAGGAGUGGACAGAGGAGGAAGAGGAGGAUGACAAAGACGGCAGGAGGAUGGGGACAGAUAGGGGAUCUCCCUGACCAGGUGACUGGGACAAGUGGUCAGAGCCUGGGCCAACGGCCCCUCCCCCAGCACCCGCCCUCCCCGUCCUGGCCACCUGGAUGGAGACAGCUGCUCCCAGGAGGACAGAGAUGGAACAUGUUGCGUCUCUCCCUGCUGAGGGCUGGACUGCGAUACACAAUGCCCCUCUCAGCUGAAGACAUGGGAGGCCUCCUGCCUCAGACCUGGGAGUCCAGGACCCCAGCUCCUCCUCCCUCAGAUCCUGGAGUCCAGGGCUCCUGCCUUCUCCUCUGUCAAGGACUCUGCCUCUUCCUUCUGCUGUGAAUAUGUCUGCUUGAAGGAAGGCACUGCUUCCCCUACAGAUGCAUUUCCUCCGUGCAGGCACAUGCUAAGUGCCUAUCUUGGAGUUCUGAUGGGGUCAUUCCUCACUGAGACCUGGUUGACUCUCACUGUCCACAGCACUAAAUCUGGGCUUUCAAGAUCCAGCACCAUAGAAACCUCACCCUCUACCUCUUCCAUUUCCCUGGGCUCCAGGAAAGUGGAGUGACAUUGGGAAAUCAUUCAUCCUUUCUGGACCUACACACACACACACACACACACACACACACACACACACACACUCAUUUUCCUGCCAGCAGUCAUCUGCAAAUCCAGUGUCCUCCUCUGAGAAUGUUUUUCUCAUAGCUCCAUGCCUCUGAGACGUGGCCUGUCCCCAGGCCCUUGGGAUCUUGUACCCAGAUGAUCUAUGUCUCCCAUCUUUUUCGGCCUCACCUGUCCACCUGUUCAGGACAGCCUCUGUUUUUUUCUCAUUUCAACAUCCUUUCAGUUCUUCUUGCACAUGACAAGUGCCCCGUGCCAGCUCCCAAUCAGCCUGGACCACCAAGGUGUGUGAUCUUCCCAGCUUUGUGGGCCUUGGAGCCAGCUUUCCAUGCUGGUACGGAUGAGCUGAUACUCACCUGCUCCAGCUCGGAGCUGUCACACCGCCCCACACGGCCCCACACCGCCACCUCCAGCUCAGAGCAGGACACUUUACAUCUGCGGAGCAGGGGCGGCAGGCAUGGGGCGGCAGGCAUCUGACGCCAUGGCCCCAUCCCCAGCACAGGGUCGGGGACAGGGAACUGCUCCCUCCAGGGGAGUCUGUCCUAUGUACUUUCUAGACUUAAAAAUGUGGGUUCACUAAAGCACAGUGGGGCACCCUGGAUCAGACCCCGGGAGAGCAGAAGGUUGUUGGCAGAAGCACUGGUAAGACAGGCAGGGUCUAGUGUCUGACACCAUUUCUUUGUUUGGACAAACAUGCCAUUGGCUGCGUGAGAUACGAACCUGUUGGGGAGCUGGGGACGGCCUGGCAGUUCUCUGCACAAUCCUUCCAGCUGUUCUGGAA